AUGGCGGGUAGAAUCUCAGACGGACCUGAGUACAAGCAGGGCUGCUGGAAGCACGGACGAUUCUACGGAAAUUGGAGACCUGAUAAAUACCUUUUUCCCAUUGACAGGGAAGAAACGGAUCGCUGUGAUACGUUCCACAAGUUCUUUCAGUUGGCUCGCAAAAAUCAAGUAUUCUCAUAUCCUAUUCUUAGGGGCAACGCCCGUGUAUUGGACCUCGGUACCGGCACUGGUAUCUGGGCCAUAGACGUGGCGGAAAACUAUUUGAAAUGGGCACAUGUCAUGGCUGUCGAUCUGAACAAAAUCCAACCAGCUCUAAUCCCCCCCAACGUGGAAAUGGUACAGUUCGAUAUCGAAGAGGCUUCCUGGGAACCACUGUUGAAAGACUGCGAUCUGGUGCAUAUGAGACUGCUGCUGGGCUCCAUCCACAACACAUUGUGGCCGAAUAUCUAUCGCAACGCCUAUGCGCACACAACCCCUGGCGGCUACAUUGAGCAGGUCGAAAUUCAUUGGCUACCCUCGUGGGAGGGAAUCGAACCAGCGGUGUCAGACUUCAAGAAUUGGGCGGAGUUUUUCCUGCAGGGCAUGGAUAAUUUCGAGCGAAGCGCAAGAGUGGACACCAAGGGUGUGAAAAAAAUGAUGGAGGCAGCAGGCUACGUCAACUUUGAGGAGCGCACCAUGCGUUGCUAUGUGAAUCCUUGGCGCGCUGACCCUGACGAGAACAAGGUGGCCUCAUGGUUCAACUAUUGUCUUAUUGAGGGGUUGCAAGCAAUGAGCCUGGAACCCUUGAUUGGGAAUUUGCGCAAGUCACAUGAAGAGGUCGAUAAGCUUCUUGGUAAUGUCAAGCAGGAAUGCUGUCUGCUACGUUACCACGCGUACUGUGUCAUGUAA